GGGAAAGGUUUCAGUACCAAUUCCAACCUUAUUAGCCACCAGAAGCUUCAUACAGGAGAGAAACCCUUUAAAUGUCCUGAUUGUGGAAGAAGAUUCAGUCACAAUUGCAGCCUGGUGAGACACCAGAGAACUCAUACAGGAGAGAAACCCUUCGAAUGUCCUGAUUGUGGGAAACGUUUCAGUCUGAAUUCCCACCUUAUUAAUCACCAGAGGAUUCAUACAGGAGAGAAACCCUUUGAGUGUCCUGACUGUGGGAAACGUUUCACUAAAAAUUCCAAUUUGAUUGAACAUCAGAGGACUCACACAGGUGAGAAACCCUUUGAAUGUCCUGAUUGUGGGAAAAGUUUCAGUCAUAAUUCCCACCUGAUUAAUCACCAGAGGAUUCACACAGGAGAGAAACCCUUUGAAUGUCCUGUUUGUGAGAAAAGUUUCAGUACCAAUUCUGGCCUAGUUCAACACCAGAAGACACACACAGGAGAGAAACCCUUUGAAUGUCCUGAUUGUGGGAAAAGUUUCAGUCUGAAUUCCCACCUUAUUAACCACCAGAAAAAUCACACAGGAUAGAACCCGUUUUAAUGUCCUGAUUGUGAAAAAAGAUUCAGUACCAAU